GAGAGGUGGGGGUGAAGAAUGGGAGGAGAGAGAGAGGAAAGCAAAAAGAGAGGAGGGGAAAGAGAGCAUGAAAGUGAGGUGUCUUGAUCUGUAGUGCACAUCUUCACAAACCCUGUCCUGCUGUCUACCAUCCCAGCCAGAUGACGUCAUCAGAGGUCUUCGUCCCUGGUUGGCUGCAGCAGCUGCUGGUCGUGCUGAUCAGGUUUGCACUGUCCGGUGCCGCCCCGGUGAACCUGACCAAUGGGAUAGAGUGCAGCGCUCGAGGACCCGCCUCUUACAUCCUGGUGUUCACAGGCCACUGGAGUCCACAGACCUUCCCCAAACAGUAUCCCUUAUUCCGACCACCAGCGCAGUGGUCCAAACUCAUGGCCGUGACCCAUAAUGAGCAGUACCGGCUGUGGCAGGAGGGGGCGCCUGCGAGCGAUGGCAUGAAGAGCUUUGCUGAGCAGGGACUCACGGUGGACUUGGUGAAAGAUGCCAAGGAGGCGAGGAAGAGGCGAGUGGUGGGGUCCAUGUACCGUACAGCCGGGAUCCCCUCUGGAAUCGGCCACAGCUCCACAGAGCUGCUCCUGACACCCAGGACCCCACUGCUGUCUCUGAUAGUGAAAGUGAUCCCCAGUCCAGACUGGUUCGUGGGGGUGGACAGUCUGAACCUGUGUGAGGGUGGCCAGUGGAAACAGGAAGUGACCUUUGACUUGCACCCAUUUGAUGCUGGCACAGACAGCGGCUUCACCUUCUCCUCGCCAAACUUUCCAACAACACCCCCAGAAAAUAUCAUGAUGAUCACUUCUCAAAAGCCAAACCACCCGGCAAAUUCCUUCUAUUACCCUCGGCUAACCGAACUCCCGCCUCUGGCCACCAUUUGGGUGAAGCGACAGGGCCGCACACCUGUCCGUCAACAGAACCGACUGUCCAAUCACAUCCAGCCUGACACAACCAAGCCCAACAGAUUCUCAGAAACGCCGCUGGACUGCGAGGUGUCCAUGUGGUCGUCCUGGGGCCUGUGUCUGGGGCCGUGCUCUCGGGGAGGCCUGCGCCAUCGCACCCGGUACAUCCUGCUCAAACCGGCCAACAGUGGCACGCCGUGCCCCGAGCUGGAGGAGCAGGAGGAGUGCACGCCGCACAACUGCCUGGCGUAUCAGUGAUGCCGGUCACGCCGCUGGCACAGACACUCUGACGCUGUCCAAACGGAGAGCCCAGUUUAACCCCAUGCCAACGCUGAGUCACUGCCGCAGAAUGUGGGAGAGCCGCCCGGCUGGACGUCCCAUGAGCUGCGCUGGCUCCUCUCCUCACUGGAAAAGAGCGGCUCGUAUUCUGUUAAUAGAGACUUUGAUUAUGAGUGCUGUACUCGCAGUAAUCUCAGUGUAUCUUUGCGUAAUCGCACACUGUUUCGCCAAUAUAGAUGAUUUGCUGUUACCCGACCACUGUUUUUAUCACAACUACAUGAAAUUACAUAAGCCUUCCCUCUGAUCUCACAACAAUAGCAACCUUUUUGAAGCAGCUGAGUUGGGUUUUGAGUGAUUUGUAGUGGUUUUUAGAAGCCGAGUAGUCUGUUAGUGGUACAGUGACACUUGAAGACACCCCAGCUCCUGUCUCAUACAGGCCUCGUUAUGUUCUGAAUGCAGUAUGCAUAAAGUUUACAAUAUCAUCUUGUGAGGAAUCACAAAAAACUAACUGUACAAUGUCACUGAUCAAAUAAGGGACUGUUUAGAUGUUGCCAGUCAAGAGUUUGUAAUCAUGAAGAUGGAAGAAGUCUUUAAUGCUCAGCGGUUUGCUCAAAAAUUCAGUAAAAGCUGUAAUAUUGUGAAAUAUUAUUACAAUUUAAUGUGUUCUAUUUGAAUGUGUGUUAAAAUGUAAUUUAUUCCUGUGAUUUUCAGCAUCAUAACUCCAGGCUUCAGUGUCACACGAUCCUUCAGAAAUCAUUUUAAUAUACUGAUUUGAUGCUCAAGAAAUAUAUGUAUAUAUAUAUAUAUAUAGUUUUUUUUUUUUUUUACCAGUGUUGAACCCAGUUGUGCUGCUUCAUAUUUUUGAUUAUCUGAAUAACAGAACAUUUAAAAGAACAGCAUUUAUUUUUAAACAGAAAUACAUUGUGACAUCAUGAAUAUCUCUAUUUCAACUCUUUUUUUGUUAAUGUAAUGCAUCCUUGCUGUAAAAAAGUAUUAAUUUCUUUUCUUGCUUUAGUUUCAUAUUUUUUGUUUUAUCCUAACCUUUUGAAUACGAUGCUUUCCACAACGAAUAUAAAGCAGCACAAGCGUUUUCACUAAUGAUGCUGAACAUUCAGCUUUUCCAUUACAUUUUAAAAUACACUGAAAUAGAAAACCUAUUUUAAAAUAUAAUAAUAUUUCACAAUAUGACUGUUUUUAAUGUCUUUUUGAUUAAGUAAAUGCAACCUUGGUGAAACUAAAAUACUUCCUAAGAACAUUUAAAACUUUUAAUUCCAGAUUUUGACUAGUUGUGUAUAUGUUGUAUUUUAUGUUUAUUCUAAUAAUAAACUAUGAAAUUCUCUC